AUGGAAUCUAGUGAUUAUUAUCAAAGUAGAAAUGAUCCCUAUCGUCAACAACAAGAUCAUGAUCAAACUGAACUUUAUGAAUAUGAUACUGAAAAACGUUCAACUACGUCACGUCUUGGUAAUCUAUUUGGUUCAACAUUAUUACAAAAACCACCUAAAAUAUUACAAAAUGCACCUAAUUUAAUUGAUUCAUUACCGGCAAAUGUCAAUCGUACAUUAAUAUAUGCAAAGCUCUUUUAUUUCUGGUAUUUUGCUGCAUUUGGAUCACUUUUUCCGCUUCUUUCAAUCUAUUUCAAACAAAUGGGCAUGGGUCCAUCAUAUUGUGGUAUUCUCAUGGGCUUUCGACCAUUUGUUGAAUUCUUCUCAGCACCAUUUUGGAGCGUUGUUUCAACACGUUUUCGACAGGCGAAAAAUAUUUUAUUAAUGGCACUUUUAUCUUGGAUUGUCUUUACAGUUGCAAUUGGUCUUAUUAAACCACCUCCACAUUCAUGUUGGCGAGAAAUGAAUGCAACACAUCAAUCAAUUGAACGUGUAGGAUAUUCAACUAGUACGAUGAAAUCACAUACAAAACAUCAUAUGAAACGACAAAUAGUAACAUUACCAACGAUUUCUUCGUUAAAGAAUUUAAAUAAAUCAAAAGAAAUAUUUGAUGAAGCAAAAGAUUCCGUUAUUAAAAAUAUUUUAAAUUCAACUAGUAAUCAAAUUAGUAAUAUAAGUAGUUCAACAUCAAAACGACGAAAAACUACAACAGUAGCAACAACUACAACAGCAACAACAACAACAACAAGAAAAAUUAAAACAACUCGACGUUCAACUACAAAAAUUAAUAAGAAUAAUGAGGAUGAUUAUGAAGAAGAUGAUGAUGUUGAAAGUAGCGAAGAAGAUAAUUCAAUAAAUGAAAAUCGUAAAAAACCACCAACUAAAUCUAAUAAAAAACCAUCUGAUACAAAUAAUUUAUUGCAUGUUAAUACACCACAAAAGACAAUUGGGAAUCCAAUAGAAAUAACAUUUACAAAUCUGUCACUUGUCAAACCACUAGCAUCACCUGUCUUAUAUGAUCAAAAAGAUGUACGAAAUGUUUUUAUGGUUUUCUUACUUCUUAUUAUCAUUGGAGAAUUCUUUAGUGCACCAGCAAUAACUUUAGCUGAUGCUUGUACAUUAACAUACUUAGGUCAAGAUACUGAAUUAUAUGGACGACAACGAAUGUUUGGUAGUUUAGGUUGGGGUUUAGCAAUAUUUAUUGUUGCUACUAUACUUGAUCAAUCAAAAUCAUUAACAUUCUAUGCUUGUGGAACAAGUGGACCACUUGAAAAAAAUUAUACUGUUUGUUUUACAGCAUUUACUGUUUGUAUGACAUUUGCACUAAUAACUGCAACACGUUUUCAAUUUUCAUAUGAAACAAAUGAACAAGUACCAUUAAAUACACUAAAUAAAGAUUUAAAACGUUCAAUAUAUCCAACAACAAAAUUAAAUGUUAACGAACAGGACAUACAUAGUGUUCUAAAUGAUGAACAACAAAUACACAUUAAUAUAAAACAACAACAACAACAGCAACAACAAGAACAAUAUCAAACUUCCACUACAAUAAAGUUAAUGCAACUUUUACAAGUUUUUAUGACAUUAAAAAAUGGAACAUUUCUAUUUAUUGCAUGGUGGAUGGGUUGUGGUGUUGGUCUUGUAUUUACAUUUCUUUUUUGGCAUUUACAAGAUCUUGGUGGAUCGCCAACACUCUUCGGUGUGGCUUCAGUUAUUAAUCAUACGAGUGAAUUAUUUGCUUACUUUUUCCUACAUGAACUAAUUCAUCGUUUUGGUCAUGUCAAAAUUCUUUAUUUGGGUUUAUUGGGUAAUUUUGUUCGCUUUGUUUAUAUAUCAAUUAUAACUAAUCCAUGGUGGGUGCUACCAUUUGAAUUUAUUCAAGGAUUAACUCAUGCUGCCGUUUGGGCAACCGCAUGUUCAUAUUUAUCUCAAGCAGCACCCGAAAGUUUACGUUUAUCAUGUCAAGGUGUUUUACAAGGUUUUCAUUUUGGUUUUGGAAGAGGAUGUGGAGCUUUAUUUGGCGGUUUUUUUGCAUCUUAUUUUGGUACUGAUAUAACAUUCCGUGCAUAUGGUAUAAUAUGUUUAAUAUUUAUGGGUUUAUUUAUCUAUCUUAAUCAACGUUUUCAACAACCAGUUGUUACUGGUUAUGGACAAAAUUUAAAUAUUGAUGAUCCACAUCAAUUUAUAGGUAAUUCACCAUUACUUGCUCCACAUGGUGCACCAACAAAUCCUAAAUGGCAAACUAAAUUUUCCUCAGGUUUAACGGCUGGUAUUAAACAAGAGCAAUUACAUUCAACUUCAAUACCAUCUUUUGAUAAUCAAACAACGACAGGAAAUAAUUAUAAAGAUUAUCAUUAUGGUUAUUAA